ACUUUGUUGGACGGGACAGAAGGUUUGGAAAAGUGGGCAUCGAGCGGUUACCUUCUACCAGAGCUGUGGCACAACCAACGCAAGAUGCGCCAGCGCGUGAUUGGGUGGCAGCCAAUCAGUCAUGGAAUUUGCGUAUUGAAGAUCAAGGGCCGUUUCUUCAAUUACAGCAUCUUAAUUUUAACGUCAAACGCUGCGUAAUUCCGUUCGCUCGGAAGGUUGAAACGGCAAUGAACUACAGCAUCAUCAACAUGCACUGCCCACAUGAGACGAGACCCGAUGACAAGAAGGAAGUAUUCCUCCCGAGGCAAGGUAGCUCGAAUCACCUUCUUUCCCCGCAAAGAUAUCCACAAAGCCACCUGGAGAUCACCAGAUCAACAUACGGAAAAUCAAAUCGACCAUGUUCUCAUCGACGGGCGAUUCUUCUCCGACGUCAUCAAUCAGUCGCGGGAAAUAACCAGUUACCAGGCGAGCUGCUCAAACAUGGAGGAGAGGCACUGGCUAGAGCGCUGCACUGGAUGAUUUCUAGGAUUUGGGAGGAGGAGAUUCUACCGCAGGAAUGGAUGGAUGGAGUGGUAUGUCCCGUCUACAAAAAGGGCGAUAAGCUAGAUUGUUGCAAUUACCGCGCAAUCACAUUGCUGAACGCCGCCUACAAGGUACUCUCCCAAAUCCUUUACCGUCGUCUAUCACCAAUAGCUAAGGAAAUCGUAGGGCCGUACCAAGCGGGAUUUACUGGAGCCCGCGCCACUACGGAUCACAUAUUCGCGUUACUUGACAAAUAGGCAACAAUUUGUAUCCAUUGAUGGGGAACGUUGCAACCUCGCUCCUACGAAAAUUGGUGUACCACAAGGUAGUAAUAUAGGACCUUUAUUAUUUCUCUUAUACAUAAAUGAUUUAGGCAACUUGAAUCUUAACGGUAUUCUAUCCCCAUCAUAAUAUCAGUGCCAUUAUAAGCUCGAUGAACAGUGACCUGCACUACUUUAG